AUGCGUAAAACAAUUUUCCUUUUGUGUUUAAUUUAUUUUGCAAUAAGUUUAGGCAAAAAACACAGUGAUGAAGAAAAGCCGGCUUGGGCUAAGAAAGAUAUUAGAGAUUACAGUGAUGCAGACUUAGAACGGCUUUUUGAUCAGUGGGAAGAAGAUGAAGAACCUUUACCAGAAGAUGAAUUACCAGAACACCUUCGGAAGCCACCAGCACUAGAUUUAACUAAGUUGGAUAUGACAAAGCCAGAAGAGGUUAUGCAAGCAACUAAAAAGGGCCAAACAUUAAUGAUGUUUGUAACUGUAGCUAAUAAGCCCUCAAGAGCAAGAUCUGAAGAAAUAACCAAGAUUUGGCAAACUAGUUUGUGGAGUAACCACAUUCAGGCAGAAAGAUAUCUGAUUGAUGAUGAUCGGGCCAUCUUCAUGUUCAAAGAUGGGUCUCAAGCGUGGACUGCUAAAGAAUUUUUAUUAGAACAGGAAGAAUUAAAGGAGGUGCAACUAGAAAGUCAAACAUAUCCAGGGAAGAAACCUGAUGUAAAAAAUAAAUCUCUAAGAGAUGAAUUAUAA